AUGGGCCCAACCCACAGCUUAAGGGAGUAUGUCCGCUCGAGCGCUUGGCCAGAGAGAAGCAGCGUCCAGAUCGCACUAAAGGACGGCCUUGAAAUCACGCUCGAUAUCCCCAAUUUCGGCGUGGUCGAGUGCACCCCUGUCAACCAGAACAGCGACGUUGACUCGUCCUUGACGCAAAUUGCCUCGGCUCAUGCUACCUUCAGGGCCGGAGUCUGUUUUGCCAAAGCGAACGUGAUCAACUUGUUCUUCCCCGAUAUCAAGGACGUCGCGAUCCGUGUCGCCUUCACGGCAUGGCUCGCUUUCGCAUGUGUCACGGACGACAUUGGCGAGACGUUGGAGAUGGAAGACCGACGGCUUGCUCUCCUCGAGUCCAUUGAGAUUCUAAAGUGCGCUCCGAACGCCCCUGCACCGAGAACCGGGUCCGCGGCCCCGGAGACCAAGGACAAACGCAUCCAGAACCGGAUGCGGGUUUUGUACGACCACUGCACGCAGUAUCUCCCUCCGAAGAGCGCCGAGGCCUUCUUCCACGCCGUCUGCGACACGCUGCAGGGUCAGGUGGAGGAAAUCCACUUUCCACAACAAAACAGCGGCGCGGACAGCCUGGCGCUCUACAUGAGCAUCCGAGCCCGGACCAUCAGCCUGAACCCCUUCUUCGCCGCCCUCAAGUCCGAGUACCUGACCGAGGCCGAUCUGAGCUUCCGCGCCCACUGGGACGAUCUGGAGAAUGCGGUUUGCCGGGUGGCCGGCCUGCAGAACGACCUGAUCGGGCUCGUCCGGGACCUCGAAGCCGUCGAGCAGCUGAACGCUGUCGUGGUGUUGAUGCGCGGCUUUGGUACCGGAAAGACGGACGGCCUGUGCCGGUGUGUUGCCCUGGUCAACGCCGAGCACAACCGGGGUGUCACCCGUUGUCUUGAGGUUGUGGCCUGGCUUCGCCGCGCGGCGGAGGGUACGGCCGGCUCAAGCAUUGAGAGGGUUGAGACCGUUGCUCGGUGCAUUCUGAUGCUGUGCGAGACACAUCUGAGAUGGUGUGCCUCGGCCAAGCGAUACCGGCUGAAAGUUGGCCUCGGCGAAAGCGUCCCACAGUGCAGAGAGUCCGAUAUCAGAGCUGUAUCCCGUCCGUUCCAUGCCGGGUCUCUGUCGGACCCAGACUCCGGAGAUCAGCUAGUUCACGCCCAGGGUGAUGUACCCCAACAGCUGCCGGUGCAGUCCAGGGGCCACUUAUACGGGCUCCCCACCUUCCCAAACACCCCCGACUACCGCAAUCUUACAGCACUCGUCACCGGCGCCACCGGCCUGUCUGGCUACCACAUGGUGAAGGUCUUGGCAGCAUCACCGCAACGCUGGAGUAAGAUCUACUGUCUGAGUUCUCGGCCACCACCGCCCAACUUCUUCGCAGAUCUGGGCGAGGACGUCGGGCGUGUCGAACACUUGGUCGUGGACCUUUUGAACAACCCGUCACAGAUCGCACAACAGCUGAAGGAGAUUCAGCACGGAUCACAUCUUCUACUUCUCAUACAAGCAGCCGCCGCUCAAGGAUGGUUUACCCUCUUCAACAACUUCCUCGACGCCCUCCGCCAAACCUCCCUUAAGCCCCGCCGCUUCAUGCUGCAGACCGGCACCAAGCACUACGGCUUCUACCUCGGCCCCACGGUGCUCCCGGCCUACGAAUGCGACCCCCGCGUCCAGCUGGACCGGAUCUUCUACUAUGAGCAAGAAGACGCUCUCACCGUGGCUCGCCCAUCGUACAUCAUCGGCGCCGUCCGCGACGGCGCCCUGAACCACCUGCUCGGUUUCGGCGUCUACGCCGCCAGCACGGGCACGUUGACCGCUUAUUUUGAGGAGUGGCUCGUGUUGGCUGAGAGCACGGCCAACGAGGCCUUCAACAUCCACAACGGUCUGUCGUUUACUUGGGGCCGUCUCUGGCCGAUGUUGGCGGGCUGGUAUAAUGCCGGGUGGUGUCCGCCUGAGGAGGACGAGCGGAAGUAUCGCGUUAUGAAGCUGCGCUGUGCAAUCACUCCGCGAGGAUACGGCCCACAAACAACCCUCCGCUCGACCUUCACCAUAGUCGAGUGGUCGCAGCAGGCACACAUCCAGGAAGCCUGGCAAAGACUUGCCGCAUAG